AUGUCAAAAUAUUUAAAAUCAACAUUAGUUAAAUCGCUAUUAGGUGUUGGUACAAUAGCUGGAGGUACAAUAAUAUAUUUAGAUUUUAUUAAACCAAAACAUAAACCAGAAAUUGUAUCAUCAUAUAAACCAUUAAGAAAAGAUUAUCCAGAACCACCAACAAGAAAAGAUUUAGUUGAUAAUUUAACUAAAACCAAGAAAUUCGAUGUUUUAAUUAUUGGUGGUGGAGCUGUUGGUACUGGUUGUGCAGUAGAUGCAGCAACAAGAGGUUUAAAUACUGUAUUAUUAGAAAAAACUGAUUUUGGUUCAGGUACUUCAUCAAAAUCUACAAAAAUGGCACAUGGUGGUGUAAGAUAUUUAGAAAAAGCAAUUUUUCAAUUAUCAAAAGCUCAAUUAGAUUUAGUUAUUGAAGCAUUGAAUGAAAGAGGUAAUAUGUUAAGAACUGCUCCUCAUUUAUGUACUGUUUUACCAAUUAUGAUUCCCGUUUAUAAUUAUUGGCAAGUUCCUUAUUUUUUCGCUGGUUGUAAAAUGUAUGAUUGGUUUGCUGGUAGACAAAAUUUAAGAAAUUCAUUUUUAUUAAGUAAGGAACAAGCUGGUGUUAUUGCUCCAAUGAUGGAUACUGCAAAUAUUAAAGCAGCUUGUGUUUAUCAUGAUGGUUCAUUUAAUGAUACAAGAAUGAAUGCUACCUUAGCUAUUACUGCUAUUGAAAAUGGUGCAACUGUUUUAAAUUAUUUCAAUGUUGAUCAAUUAUUAAAAGAUAAUUCCGGUAAAUUAUAUGGUGUAAAAGCAACUGAUUUAGAAACUAAUGAAAAAUAUGAAAUUCAAGCUACUUCAAUAAUAAAUGCAACUGGUCCAUUUGCUGAUAAAAUUUUAGAAAUGGAUGAAGAUCCUCAAGGUUUACCACCAAAAGAAGUUCAAAAACCAAGAAUGGUUGUUCCAUCAAGUGGUGUUCAUAUUGUUUUACCAGAAUAUUAUUGUCCUCAAAAUAUGGGUUUAUUAGAUCCUUCUACAUCUGAUGGUAGAGUUAUGUUUUUCUUACCAUGGCAAGGAAAAGUUUUAGCUGGUACUACUGAUACUCCAUUAAAAGAAGUUCCAAAUAAUCCAACCCCAACUGAAGCAGAAAUUCAAGAUAUUAUUAAAGAAAUGCAAAAAUAUUUAGUUUUCCCAAUUGAUAGAAAUGAUGUUUUAUCUGCUUGGUCAGGUAUUAGACCAUUAGUAAGAGAUCCAGCAACUGUUCCAAAAGGUAGUGAAACAGGAUCAACCGAAGGAUUAGUUAGAUCACAUUUAUUAGUUGAAUCACCAUCUGGUUUAGUUACUAUAUCAGGAGGUAAAUGGACCACAUAUAGAGAAAUGGCACAAGAAACUAUUGAUUACGUUGUUAAACAUUUUAAUUUCGAUGGUAAGAAUUUAAAACCAUGUCAAACGAAUGAUUUAAUAUUAAUUGGUGGUGAAGAUUAUUCCAAGAAUUAUUCAGCAAGAUUAAUUCAUGAAUAUAAAAUCCCAUUAAAAUUAGCAAAACAUUUAUCACAUAAUUAUGGAUCAAGAUCAGCCAUGAUUUUAGAUUUGUACGCAGCAAAUGAUUUUAAUAAAUUACCAAUCACAUUAGCAUCAACUCAAGAAUUUAAACCAAAUGUUGUUGAAGUAACCCCAGAAAAUAAUUUAAGUUAUCAAUCAUUUGAUGAACCAUUUACAAUUGCAGAAUUAUUAUAUUCUUUAAAAUAUGAAUAUCCAAGAACACCAGUUGACUUUUUAGCAAGAAGAACAAGAUUAGCAUUUUUAAAUGCAAGAGAAGCUCUUAGUGCAGUUGAUGGUGUUGUUGAAAUUAUGUCUAAAGAAUUAGGUUGGGAUAAGGAAACUACUGAAAAAAUGAGAAAAGAUGCUAAAAAAUUCAUUGGUAAUAUGGGUAUUUCAUCUAAAAAAUUCGAUGUUGAAGAAUUUGUUAUUCAAUAG